AAUGUCUCAUGUUCAAACUUGGCAGCUGUCAUGGCCCCAUCAGAGGACUCCUCAGAUGAGGACGACUCGGGAGUAACAGCAGCAGACCCAGGAGCAGCAGACUCAGAAGGAGACAUGGAGGAGCCUCCUGAGAAUCCAGCUCCUUCUCCCCCUCAGCUGCAGAGCACCCCAGAUACAGCAGAGUCCCUGCAGCCAGACACAGACAGUGAACAGGAUACUCCCCCCUCACCUGCAGAACGUAGACAGCAGAAGGUCAGGCAGAAGAGAGGCAGGCCUGUCUCCUUAAGGCCCAAACGCUGAGGACUCACACCUGCUGUCAACCCUGCUCUUUAUAAGGCACACCUUGGCUGCAGCUUGUUGCUGACUGCAACGUCAGGCGUGGCUUGUGUGUUCCUAGUUUCCUGGCACCCUCUUUCGGACUGACCCCUUGGCACUUGAUCCCGGACCUCUACUGACCUCACUUCUGGACUCCUGACUCGGAAAGUGAUAGUCAAGCAAUGUCAACCAACUUAAAAUACCUUUCCUUAGGGAUAUUGGUCUUCCAGACAACUAGUUUGGUUUUGACUAUGCGUUAUUCUCGGACACUGAAAGAAGAAGGACCUCGUUAUUUAUCUUCAACUGCAGUGGUUAUUGCUGAGCUUUUAAAGAUCAUGGCCUGCAUUUUGUUGGUUUACAAAGACAGCAAGUGCAAUGUACGAACUCUGAACAGAGUGUUACAUGAUGAAAUCCUUAAUAAGCCUAUGGAGACACUUAAGCUUGCUAUUCCUUCUGGUAUUUACACACUGCAGAAUAACUUACUGUAUGUUGCCUUGUCAAAUCUAGAUGCAGCAACUUACCAGGUCACUUACCAGUUGAAAAUUCUUACCACUGCAUUAUUUUCUGUGUCCAUGCUCAGUAAGAAAUUAGGUGUGUAUCAAUGGCUUUCAUUAGUGAUUUUGAUGGCUGGAGUUGCAUUUGUACAGUGGCCAUCAGAUUCACAAGCAGCAGCAACUAAAGAACUUUCAGCAAGAUCACAGUUUGUGGGCCUGAUAGCAGUACUUAUAGCCUGCUUUUCAAGUGGAUUUGCCGGAGUGUAUUUUGAAAAGAUUUUGAAAGAAACAAAACAAUCAGUAUGGAUUAGGAACAUUCAGCUAGGAUUUUUUGGUAGCAUAUUUGGCUUGAUGGGCGUGUACAUUUAUGAUGGAGAACUUGUAUCAAAGAAUGGAUUUUUUCAAGGUUAUAACAAGCUCACCUGGAUAGUCAUAGUUCUGCAGGCGCUUGGGGGCCUUGUUAUAGCAGCUGUUAUAAAAUAUGCAGACAACAUUUUAAAAGGAUUUGCAACAUCUUUGUCUAUUAUACUUUCAACGUUAAUCUCGUACUUCUGGCUACAAGAUUUUGUCCCUACAAGUGUUUUUUUUCUUGGAGCCGUUCUUGUAAUAGCUGCUACAUUCCUGUAUGGUUAUGAUCCAAAGCCUGCAGGAAAUCCUAUUAAAGCAUAGCAGACCCUUCCAUCCCAGCCUGUUUUGCCAAGACUGUACAUUAAGGUCCUCAAAAUAACUAUAUGGAGGACCAUCAAGUGCUGAAAAGAAAGACUUUACAUGGUAUCUGAAGAAUGACAGUACAUUAAAUAAUGGUUUAUGGGAGACAAAAGGAUUAAAGACAGCAAACAAUAUGUACCUCUGGAAAAGAAGGAAGUCCUACAACAAAACUUGAAGGGAACAUGAAGCUUCUAAUACCUACAAUUACAAAUGCUUCCUGCUUGAACUCUGAGAUUAAAUCAGAAAAUUUACUGUUUCUGAAAACUGCAGAAAUGCCCUAUGCACUCUUCUUGCAAGAGCGCAUGACAACAUUUGUUGAAUCGUAUCUGUUUUUGCAAAUUGACUAUGUCAUCUUAGUAUGUUUUUUAACUUGCUGUAUAUCUAGAAUUAUCAAAUCAAACUGAAAUAAGACCUAGUUCAACCAUUAUGUUUCUGAUAUGGUAUUCCUAUUUAAGCCUCUGCAAAAUAUGAUGGAAUCAUUCUCAUUUCAAGAUUUUUAAUAUUUCACAUAGAAAGCUGAAUUAAUAAACAGAAAUUGGUGUUGGACAA